AUGGCCAAGCCAACCAUGGUUCACGAGGUUACUCGAGUUGAUAGUAGAUAUUCCAGUGGUUCUUCCAGCUCAAAAAGAUCUUGUGCAGAAACAGUUCAUCUUCGUGCCAAAUAUGGUGAGAACGAAUUCAUUUUAGUAAAUGAGAGAUUGCAAAAUGAAUCUGUAGUGAAUCUAAUAGACAAGAAUGCUGUAUACCAUCGAGUUUGCUAUCAGUCAUUAACAAACAGUGAUCACAUGAAGCGAUCAAAAGCUAAAUUUCUAUCUAUUUCAAAUGAAACUAGCCCCACUUCCCAAAAUUCGCCACCACUCCCAAAAAAGAGAAAGACUCGUUCAGGAGAUGGCAUAUUUGACAGUACGAUAUGUUUCUUUUGCCAAGACACAUCAAAUACCAAGCCAUUACAUCAGAUGUCAACUGAGAAUGUAAAUAAUAAACUGGAGGACACUGUCCAUAAAUCUAACAAAGAAAAUUUGAAAAUAAGAUUGCAUUCCUCUUUUGAUGCAAGGUCUGGUGAUUUUAAAUAUCACAAGCACUGUUGGGUAAAUUAUGUAGAUCGUGCUAAAGAACCAUCUUAUGACAAAUUUGAAAACGCAGACGAUAUUCAUCGAAAAUCUGUAUUAAUAGAGGUAACUACUGAUGAUAACUACCUCACUGUACACCCGUGGAAUGCAUAUAACUCCAUAAUCACUAAUUCCGAGGCAGAGAGAGAUUUCACAACAAAUGUGUUUAUGUUUCCUUUGAUACCAGCACCAGCAUCAGAUAUUUCAUCAGUUUAUACAGCUCUAAAACGAUCACAGACGAUAUCAACCUGGUUUCUAAGAGUGUAUAUGCGAAUGAUUGAACGCCUUCUGCUGUUUAUUCAAGCAACUCGCCAACGGGAUUGGAAGCUUCACUUAGAGGCAUCAACACUAAUGUGUCAAGAUAUAUGCAGUAUGGACCGUAUAAAAUAUAGAAGAAUGUUACCUGUCUAUAUCGCUGAUAUGAAAAGGUUGAAACAAUCUGACCCUGGAAUAUGGAACGCUUUCAUGAAUGGAGAAUUUUCAGUGAAACAGAACUCGAUUCCGUUCACAUCGAUUGGAAUGGAUCAUGCCGGUGAACAGGUGAAUAAAAUUAUGAAGUCAAAACCAGAAAUUCGGAAUUUUUUCAAACUUUGA